AUGUUGGACUCCAUAGAUAUCAACCCUGGUAGCAGACCCUUUGAAGGUGUCUCCAGCGCUACAAGCUGGUUUGAUACAAUUAACAAAGGCCGACGUACCAGCAGUAGUAAUAAUAACAAUAAUAAUAAUACUACUACUAGUGGUGGUGUUGGUGUUACUGCUGCUAAUAGAAUAAAGUCAAGUACUUCUUAUGCACAUGCCAAUGCGGCAGCUUCUCCUAUGAGACAGUCAACAUCUUCUUAUUCUAAUAUGUACGCUAAUGCGAUGGAACUCACACCAUCCACUAUUCGGCAUAAUGAAGAUAGCACGGGAUCUCCGCGGGGUAUUUUAAGUACUACACAAUCUCCAUUACAAGAGGUACCAGAGACUUCAAACGAUAAGUCCAUCACCACAACUGCAACUACAACAACAACACAGUCUCAUACAUCUACAUCACAAACAGCAUCGCCACUACUUCAUGGUAAAAGUAAGAAUGAUAACAGUACAACGAGUAGUCAAAGUCGUCUACGCUCAAGACAUGAUGAUCUCUACGAAGAUGCUAUGCGAGCACAACUUGCGAAGCGUCAAUGGGCUGCAGUAGAGCAGAUGCGACAGUCAAUGUUGGAAACAGCACGAGUGGAAAGAGAUUGUCCAUUUAAACCACGUCUUUCAGCUUACGCGGCGAAAAUACGAAGACCAGCGGAAUUAUCCCCACAAAACCGUAUUUAUGAUGAACUUAUUCGAAAAGAAGAAUGGCAUGCGAAAAAACGUCGAGAGAAUGUAAUACAAGAAUUACAAGGAUGUACAUUUCGUCCAUUAACCGUAAGGGCGGCAACAUUAAAGUCUUCUGCAUUGGUACAUGAUUCGCAUAUAUUUAGCGAACUUUAUGAUCAUCACAAGGAACAAAAACAAUUUAGAGAGGAAUUACAACCCUAUGUUGUGGAACAACUAGAACGACAUAUGUUAUUUAAGAAUCCUUCUAAUAAAACAGUUUCAGAAGAUAAAAUAAAUACAGUGGUGGAACGUUUGUUUUCUCGAGGUGUUGUUGUUCAAAAUGAAAAUGCCAAACAAAAACAAAAACGUCUCUUAUCACCAUCUUUCAAACCUACUGUGAAUGCAGAAUCAGAGCGCAUCGCCGCGAGACAACGUGAAUAUGGUCAAGUUCCAGAAGAUGUGGUGGAACGAUUAUUUAAUCCUUCACCAUUACUACAACAGAAUAAAUAUCAUAAACGUGAAGAAGAAGAAGAACGAAAGGAUGUUAACUUAAAGUUAUUACAAUCCGAAUAUGAUAGAACUCUUCGACUCUUACUUCAACGUGAACGUCGAAAAACAUUUGUUUCUGCAAAGUUUGAUAUACUUUCAGAUGCUAUAAAUGCCGAACGACGUGGUCGUGAUGGACCUGAAAGAGUAAAGAAUGAAUAUCUUGUUGAAGAAAUUACAAGAGUUGCUAUUCUUUUACUCUCACCAGGAGAAGUAGAAGAACUUUCUGAUAUUCUUGCACAAAGUAAUCAUACAGUCAAACUUAAUAAAGAAAACUUUAUGCUUCUCUGUGAAGAGGCCAUAGAGGGACUUGCUGACCCGAGUACGAGUUUACUGGGUCGCCUACCACCUCCACGUUUAACAACAACAACAACAACAACAACAGGUACCGAUACGGCUUUUAAUACCGAUAUGAAUACACAAAAGCCACAAUAUCGUUCUACUUUACGUGAGAUUCCAUCUCCUGAGGAACUGGAGCGACUAAAAGCUAAACGUGCGGAACGACGGCGUAAGGAGGCAGAAGAGGAGUUACAACGACGUCGCGCUAUUGAAGAAGAGGAACAACAACAAUGUACAUUCCGUCCAUCCCCACGACGAAAGAUACCACAUGAGUGUCGUGCUGAUUUUAAUGUAGAGGUGAAAACAACCAAAGCUGCGGCAUUACGACGGGCGUAUAUUCAAAAAACAUUGGAAGCAGAAGAUGAGGUUUCUGCCUCUGAUUUACCUCCUGUAUCCAGAAAAGAACUAUUUCGAACAGUGGUACUUAAUCCACAUGUUCAACCACGUCGAUCGCAAAGUGUUGGUGGACAUUCUCCUUCCACACAAGCUCAUAUGCAUAUGCACACCAAAGCGGCCCUCGCUUUACCAGUGGAGUCAUCUCCUCCUGUGAAGACAUCAGAACCGAAACGAAAUAAAUAUGAAGCUAUGAAUCGCAGUUGUAGCAGUUCUCACGCGAUGCGUAGUCAUUCAAAACGGAGAGAAAACACUGUUGCUGUUGGUGCAGCUGGUGGUAUUUCAGAUCACAGUUCAGAAGAGGCCGCUGUGGUUUCUCCCAGUACUGCACAGCCACGUCUCUAUCGCGAUGUUGUUUCUGAACAUGCUGCAUUUGGCCGCGAGGGUGCCCUCACGGAAUUUGGCCGGGAGCUUAUUUUAAAGCAACUCCGGGAGUAUAGACAAAGGCGUUAA